AUGAUUAGACGCGGCCUGGACAACGUCAUUCUACGAUGUCGUGAGCUUUGUCAACAAUUCAUGGCCGACAUGUACGCGAAGGUUGAGGGCGAACGACUACGAUACUUACGAUAUAAUCAACUAAAGCUGCGUACGGAAGAGUACAUUCAUUUGCGAGAUGCUAUCAACAACUACGCCGAGGUUGCCGAAAUUGGUAACCAUGUCAUUUUACCAUCAUCGUACAUAGGCAGUCCAUGUCAUAUGCAAGAAUAUAUACAGGAUGCUCUGACUUUCGUGCGCGAAUAUGGACGACCAUGUUUAUUUAUCACGUUCACAUGUAAUCCAAAAUGGCCAGAGAUUGCAUCUUUGCUAUUGCCUGGCCAAAAUACAAUACAUCGCCAUGACAUUACAGCACGUGUGUUCAAACAAAAGUUGAAGUCUUUAAUAAGUUUCAUCACUAAAUUUCAUGUAUUCAGUCCCACACGUUGCUGGCUGUAUUUGGUUGAGUGGCAAAAACGAGGAUUACCUCAUGCACACAUUUUGGUUUGGUUAAUCGACAAAAUCCGUCCUGAAGAAAUCGAUAGUAUCAUUUCUGCGGAAAUUCCAGAUCCGUCCACUGACCAACUGCUGUUUGAUAUUGUUACAACAAACAUGAUCCAGGGUCCAUGUGGUACUCUUAAUAGUUCAUCGCCUUGCAUGGCAGAUGGAAAAUGUACUAAAAAUUUCCCUAAAGAUUUUACUAACGAUACGGUCACAAAUGUCGACGGAUACCCAAUAUAUCGUCGAAGAAAUCCCGAUAAUAGCCGACAAUCAUUUAUUAAAAAUAUGAGCAACACGGACAUUGAUAUUGACAACCGUUGGGUGGUGCUAUAUUCGCCUCUGCUGAGCAAGACAUACAAUGCUCAUAUUAAUGUUGAGUUCUGCAGUUCUGUGAAGAGCAUCAAAUACAUUUGCAAGUUUGUCCAUAAAGGCAGUGAUAUGUCUGUGCUUAGAAUGGAAAAUACUAAUGUGAAUGCUCUUGCAGUGAAUGAAAACGAUGAAAUAACGCUCUACCAAAUUGGUCGGUACAUCAGCUCCAAUGAAGCUGCUUGGCGUAUCUUUGGUUUUCCAAUUCAGGAACGGGAUCCAGCCGUUCAUCUUGAAAACGGUCGGCGUGUAUUUUUCACUAACGAGACAGCGAUUGAUCGUGCAAUAAAUCCACCUAAAACUACACUCACUGAAUUUUUUGAUUGGUGUAAUCGUGCGGAUGAUGUUGGUGCCUUUGUACGAACAUUACUCUAUUCACAAGUACCACGCUAUUUCACAUGGACUCAAACAAAAAAAUGGAUGCCCCGCAAGCAAGGCUCAUCAGUUGCUGAAUGUCUCAAUUUAUUUAAAUCAAACGCCUUGGGGCGAUUAUUUACAGUCAAUCCAAGACACACUGAGUGCUUUUAUCUUCGACUGUUGUUGGUUAAUGUUACUGGCCCAUUAUCAUUUCAAGAUAUAUGUACGUAA